GGCGACCGACGGGCGUGUUGGGGCGGAGGGAAGGGGAGAGGCCACCCUUUCGUGCCACGGGGACAGUGUGGGACAGGCGAGUGGCCCAGGGCUGGGGGACAGUCACCCCGACACCAGAGGGAAGUUUCCCCGGGACAACAGGUGAGGGAACCCAGGAAUCCCGGCUUUGAACACCUCCAGCCUCCUCCUCCUCCAGCACCUCCUGGUUUGGGAGCUUGAGCCGGACCUGUCGCCAAAGGGAAAGCGGUGGGAGAACCUCUCGGCGCCCGGGGAUGUGAUCCAGGUCGCACAAAGUCACAUUGAUCCCAGGACGCAAAGCAGCAACUUGAUAAGUCCUUGUCCUUCAGCUUCUCCUCAAGGAUGCACUGACUGCUGGUGGCUUUCUGCCUGAGGGACCAGGAGAGAAUGCUCCAAUGGAGAGGCUCCAGAGAUCCAUUUUACUUCCUCUCAUCCUGACUGCCUCUCUCCCAGGUCUUGGCUGUUGUUACUCUAUCACAAAAGGCCCUGCUAAUGCCACAGUCCUUGCUGGCUCCCAGGCCAGGUUUAACUGCACCGUGUCUGCAGGAUGGAAAAUCCUCAUCUGGCUGUCCAAUGGCAAUCCUGUCCUCACUGUCCUCAGUUCCCAGGGAUCCGUGGAAACCACAGACCGCUUCACCUCCCAAAAUUACACCAGCGGUGAUGAGUUUACCUCGGAGCUCAUCAUCCACAACACCCAGCUGAGCGACGCCGGGAGAAUCGAGUGCAGCAUCCAGCAACCCAGCGAGAACAACUUUGCCUUCCUCUCUGUCCAAGUUAAUGGAUCUUUAUUCAUCAAAAAUAGCACCUUGACAGUAAAAGAGAACACAACAGUUGAAAUUGUUUGUGAAGCCUUAGGAUGGGCUCCAGCUCCAGACAUUGCCUGGAUGACAAAUGACUCUCUCAUUGAUAAGUCAAGUUAUGUUAACCAGCAAAGUCAAGGAUCUGAUGGCCUCCACAAUGUCCUGAGCAUCCUGACUGUGACUCCAACAGCCACUGAGGUUCUGACUUGUUUAGCUGACAUAGAAGCACUCCCUGAACCUCAGAAUGCAACUGUAACCCUUAUUUUUGACAACUCCACUGCAGAAAAUUAUUACAGAGAAGAAAACAGAAGCUCCUGGGUUAUUGUACUUGCAGUUGUGCUUUCAUUCCUUGGUAUUGUUCUUCUGACCACUAUUAUUGUGGUGGUUGUUCGCUGCUGCCUGAAGAGGAGAGCAUCUACAUAUCAAAGUGAAAUCAGAAAAGUUUCAGCCGAGAAGAAAAAAGAUGGAGAUUUGGAAAACAGGCAAAGGAAUGGUAGUGAAAACCCAGGAUACCUUCCAGAGGAACUGUGGAACACAGAACAGAGCCCAGUGUGGGUUCUUCCCACAGGGCACAAUCCUUCCCAAAAUUCUACAGUGUGGGUUCUUCAAGAGCUGCUCCAGUGCAGGUCUUUUCCAUUAGUAAAGAAAUGGAAUGUUCCAGCAUGGCAGCCUUGUGGAGAGUCACAUUUCCUGCCAGAAAACCUGCUCCUACAUGGGCUCCUCUCCUGAAUUACAGUAAUCUUGGA